GAAGGAAGUAGUAGCAACUACGAAUAUGAUCGGGCAAAACAUAUUAUAAACUGUACAAGAGCACAAGUCACUGGAGACAUGCAGUCAACAACGAAAACAAUGAGACAAAUGAAGAAUAAGGGAUGGCAUGACCCCGUGCUAGGAAAAUUCAGAGAGGAUCUCCAGGGGUCGCACGCUUUGACAUAGCAAAUUACUGCUACUUAGGCUUUCCCAUUGUGAAGGUGGUUGUUUUUCCUAGUUUCGGUGUGGACGGCUAACGGUUGACGCGCAUUUGUGUUUUGUUUUACUUUGUGUUUAUUUAUAUAGCUUUCAAGGUGAUGAAAUAUAUUCUCCUCAAUAUAUUUCACCAUUUCAAAACCAUAUAAACACGCUACCCGUAGUGAAAAGUGGUAGCUCGAACUUUGAAUUCCAGCGCCUCUGGUGGCUUUCAGCAAACAACUUUUGGGGCAAAAAUCCAUUGUCUGUGGGUUUAAGGCCAAUUUAGGGAAUAUAAUUUACUGUGUUACAAUUUUAAUGCCAAUACCUCUUUGAGAAGUUAAUGUUAUUGUGCCUGAACGUCUUCUUCAUCAACAAACAUGCAUUUUAAGUAAAAACGUAUUGCACAAGUUGUGGGAAUCUUCUUGUUCCAUGUAUUUCCUGUUGAUCAGCCAAUCAGAGGCGCUGGUGCCAACUUCCUCUUCGAGUCCUGCGUUGUGUGUGUGUCCUUCAUGCUGGAAUAAAUGGCGGCGGACGAGAGGUGGUAUUUUACGAAAGAACAGCUAGCAAAUACACCAAGCAGAAGAUGUGGAUACGAUGUGGAAAAAGAACUAUCAUAUCGACAACAUUGUGCGAACUUUAUUCAAGAUAUGGGACAGAGGUUAUUAGCUUAUCUUGAACAGGCUCAGGAUUUGGUUUUCAAUGAGAAUGUACUUCUCCAGACAUUGGGUUUUGACGUUGCCAUUGAUCAUCCUCAUACUCAUGUUGUUCGUUGUUGUCAUCUUGUGAGAGAAUUCCUUGUCAUCUUUGAUAAGUGUCCCACAAAGUUAAAGCAUAAAAUCAAAAGUAUCAGUGCUACACAAAAUACCUCAGUUCCCCCUUCAGUAUCUGGAAGUCCAUUUGACUCGGAGCCACGCAGAGUGCGACCACCUGGUAGUGAAGCAGCUUCCUCCUGCACAAGUGGAUCUCAAGAUUCUGGACUGUUUAGUAGAGCUUCCACCUCUACAGCAACUGUGGGUUCCGGUAUCCCACAAGAUGUUUCUGCUGGGAGCUCUUGGAUGUCGCAACACAUUCCUUCUAGUUCCUUGCCCCCAUUGCCAAGAGACCAAGUUCCUGCCUCCCAACCUCCACCUCCUCCUCCACCUUUGAGCAGUGCAACUAACUAUAGAGACUACCGUGAAAAGAAAGAACGAGAACGGCAGGAACGUGAGAAACUUGCUCAGUCAGCUAGCGGCACAGUGUCAUCUUCAAGGGAUGGACAUCACCAUCAUCAUCACCACCAUCAUGGAGUACCUCCUGCCACGUCAUCGUCAUCAUCAUCAUCUCAUCACAAACCAUCGUCAUCUUCAAGUACACCUCAUGGAAAACCACCUCCAUUACCUCAGCCUUCAACUUCUACACUACAUUCUCAGCAAUCUUCAUCUGCUUCAAGUUCCUCAAGACCUCCACCUGGUGUUACUGCUGCACGGGAUGCAGCUAGGCGUGAAGCAGCUCAUGCUCGUGAUGCCAACAGGAGGCGGGCUGCUGAUCCAUAUUACCGAUCAACACAUGAAUCUGAAGCAUCAUUUGAUCCACAAUUAAACCACUGGUCGCACACACCAGAAGACACAGCCAACGAUCCACGCCACAGAGAUAAAGAACGCCAUUCUGUGUCACGAUUGCCACCUCCACCUCCACCUCCACCUUUACCACCUCCUCCACCUCCCCCACCCCCACAGCCUGCAGGCAGGACCAAAGAAAAUCCACCCCAGGUGACAGGAGGCCUACCAGAUUUGGGAACCACAAUUAAAAUGGAACCAUCAGACCCUGUUAAACACAUUAAGGUGGAUCCAUAUCCAGUAAAAGUGGAACCUGACACUAAACAACAUAAAGUUGACUCUAACAGCACUGCGCCCUAUGGCCAUGUUGUCAUAAAACAAGAAAAUUCUGAUGUGAAACAUGUUGAUAAAAACUAUAAUAGUAGCAGUAAUGUUAGUAGUAGCAGUGGAAAUAUCAGCAGCAGUAGUGGUGGUGGAAGUAGCAGUAGUAGUAGUAGUAGUAGUAGUAGGCAUAGACAAAGGCCAACAGAUACCUUCAGUGAAGGUUCUUCUAGGUAUGAUGGCCGUCCAAGAACUGCUACACCACCAAAAGUUGAAGCUAGCAAUGGAAAAGGGACACAUACAUCAAUGCUACCUCCAUCUGCCACCCUUGCUCAGCAACCUCAGUCACAAUCCAGUCGUUCAUCUCAGCAAUUGAAAAAGCCUUCUUCACCACAUCAUCACCACCACCACCAUCAUAGAGCAAGAUCUCCUCAUCAACCUUCACAGACUAGUACUUCUAUGAAAGCACCAUCAUCUACUGUAGGAAAUCCUCCUUCUAAAUCAUUUUAUUCCACUUCCAAAACUUCAUCAUUACAAGAAACCCCUGCACGCAACGGUACAACGCAGCAUGAAGAAGUAACUACAUCUGGUUCUAGCAGUAGUAGUGCCAAUAACAAUAGCAACAGCGGGAGUAAUAAUUCAAGUAGUAGGCGAAGUACGUUACGACAACCAUCCACACCACCCCGGACAGAAGCUGAACCAUCCUCACAAACAUCGCCAACAACAGUGAAAUCAAGUGAUCGGAAAUCUAGUUCAAAUAGUACAAGGGAAUCACCUUAUGGGCAGCGAUCGAAAAGGCAGCGAACUCCUCCCAGUGCUUCGAAGAAAUCAGAAUCCUCUUCCGCCCAGCCAGUGGCACCUCAGGUACCACUUGGUGAUCUCGGUACACCUCCACCACCCCCUCCACCACCUCCUGUUGCUCUGUUGUCACCAUUUGGAUCUCCUCCUGUGGCCCCUUCAGUUACAUCAUCUGGUGCUCCUGCAACUCCUGGUAAGAGCGUUACUACAUCAGGAAGAUCAUCUCGUUUGCGUACUAGUAGCUCCAGUAGUGAACCAGAACUUGUUCCACUUGUCACUAAGCUGGAUCAGAUUGCUGGCUUCCAGAACAUUGGUAACAGUAUGAGUAUACGAUUGCCGGAUGUUUCUGGGCGUUUACCUGAUACAAGAGUGCCAGAGCUAAUUACUCCAUUUCGUGAUUCAACUGCUGCAACUGUUCCUUCAAGUGCAACGACAACAGCACCACCUGCACAAGGAGCAACAACAAUAUCGACAGCAGCAACGGGGACAACAACACCUGCAGCUAGUUCUGUUUCUACUACUGCUAUUAUUUCUACAACUACAGUUACUACUUCUUCUGCUUCUAAUAGUUCUCAUUUACCAUCUUCCCAAACUUCUGAAGCAUCUUCAGAAACAAACAAAUCAUCUCAACCUCCAACUCAAUCAUUACCUCCACCCUCGGUUCAGCCACCCCUGCCAGCAACUUCAGCACCGUCUAGCCAACAGUUGUCAACUCAGCAACCUCCUACGGACUUAGGUGCUGUAGCUUUUCCCUCUCCAGCAACACAUGCUGCAGUUGACCCUGAUGAAGAUGGGCUUUUUGGAUCUUCAUCGACUGUUCUUGAUGUUGUGAUGUCUGAGCAGUUACCGUCAUUAGACAGGAUGCUGGAACCUGGAGCCCUUCCUGCUCCUGAUGUAGCUGCGGUUCGUAAAACAGGUGAGCAUCAUCACAAAAGUGACAAGAAGAAGAAAAAAGAGAAACAUAGGCGCAAAGAAAAAGACAAAGAUAAGGAACGAGACAAGGAUAAGGAAAAGUCGCCCCAUAAAGUUCAUAAAAUGAAACACAAAAAGGAAAAACAUAAAGAGAAGUUAGAUAUGCCCAGUGCAUCAGGUGGAGUGACUACAUCAAGUAAUUCAACUGUGCCACCACCAUCUGCCCCCAUUAAAAUUACCAUCCCCAAAGAUAAAUUAAACUUAUCAUUGGAACCCCCUCAUUCUGUGUCGGGAUCUUCUGAAACAUCAACGCCUUCCACAGGACUUAAACUUAAAAUACAGAAAGACAGACUGAAAGUAUCAGAAACACCAGCACCUAUAGCAACUGCAACUGCAACUGCAACUGCAACUUCCUCAACUCCUGGUGGUAGCCUGAAAAUUAAAAUUAGUAAAGAUAAAAUUGCAGUUGCGACUCCUAGUAGUAGUGGUUCAAGUGCAUCAAAAGACUCGAGGAAACGAGACCGUACAAGUCCACGUGGAGGAGAACAACCUCCAAGUAAACAAUCUCGCUUAGAGGGGUCUUCCUCAUCUCGGCGAUCUGGUAGUAGUGCAUCUUACAAUAAACAGAAUGGUGUUCCUGCAAAUUCUGCAUCUUCAACAUCUGCUCAACCUCAACAGUCAUCUCGGGGAAGCAGUUACUCAGUUAAUAAGUUUUGA